CUCUUGACGAAGCGGCGCUGCAUCACGCUGUGUGCCGCUGUACGCAGCCGAAGCGUGGCUCGGGCAGCCUCGGACGAGCUGGUACACCACAACAUGGCCGCCUGGGCCCGCCCGCUGAACGUCGAGACCCUCGCGCCGCCCUGCCGCUACCAGGCCGCCCACUGCUGUACGCGCGACACGCUGUAUUUGCACGGCGGCGGCGGCCAGGGGGCCGACGCGAGUCAGCGGAGAGCUUUAUUAUGGGCUUUGGACUUGCGAACGUUACGAUGGUCCAUAAAAGACGGCCCGCGCAAGAGUCGCGUCGCCGCUCGAAGCCAGCACACGCUGACCUGUACGGGCGAUAAUAAAUUAGUGUGUUUUGCGGGCCAGGGCGAAGGCCGCAACUCCAUCGACUGGCGGAAGGAGGUCAAUGAUGAUCAAAGACGAGAAGGGCAGCCCGUCGUGCGCAUGUUGCAACUCCGCCAGACCCUGAAUGAUGUGUCGACUUUCGACCUCACGAAGGAGGCCUGGUCCACCUACCCAAUACAAGGGCGGUGGCCGACGCCGCGACGAGGCCACACGGCGACUCUGAUAAGAGAUUCGCGGAUGAUCGCGCAAAGCACGGCCUCGCAGCGAGACGCGGAGGCAGCGAGAGGCGGCGACGAGGACUACGAGCCGGCGACCGUGAAUCCAGCGCGAGGUUUUAUUAUUGUCAUCGGCGGGGCCGGUCCGGAUGCCGGUGGUCGAGGCUUCGAGUGUGUAUUGGGUCAAGUGUGGUCCUUUGAUCCCGUGCGAGGCGCCUGGGCGGAACUCUCAGGUUUAUGUAGCGGGGAACACCCUCCGAAACGGUUCGAGCACCAGUCCGUACUCGUAGAAAGGCAUCUGAUCGUUAUUGGUGGAUUAGCCAAUAUCUCGGCCUCGAUCCAGAAUAGAGAACCACCAGGUUUGAGAGACGUAUUAGCGUGGAACGUCGAUACAUUAUGUUGGUCCAAGAUCCCGACGACGCACGAGAUUGACGAGUCGCCUCGCUUGUACGGCCACGCGGCGUGUCUCGGGGCUCGAUCAAAUGAAAUUUUGGUGUUCGGCGGUUCGACGGGUGAUGACGACGUAAGGGUGCUGAAGUUGUUUGGUGACGAACGACCGGACCUGUGCGGGUGGCGCGUGGCGCCCUGCGACGGCUACCGACCAACCGACGACAUGAAGCUCGGGCCCUACGCGCGCCUGCCGCGGGAGCACCACCAGGCCCACCAGAAGCAGAUCGCGGCCUUACCGACCCAAUCGGUCGAAGCUCAGAAAAGGGAAAAGAAACGCAUGAGGAGGAAGGGUAAACGGAGGGGAAGAAGCAAGACGCCGCCGCCUCAACCGGAGGCGCCGCCCGUCGACUUUUGCUACCGCGAGUUCCCCCCGGCGCCUCGCAGAGGGCAUAUCCUAGCUUUGCAUGUGCCUGGCCGCCGGUCGGGGACGUUCACGAAGCCUGUCGUCUUGUGUUUCGGCGGGGCUUUACUGGGUGCCGGACGGGGCCGCGUCUGCGAACCAGACCUAAGUAUCUACGACCCGGAGGCCGCCUCUGAUGCUGCCAUCGAGCGAGCCACAGCGCGGCACACGGACAUCGGUGGCUUGGUUUCUACUACAGGGCAAAACAAAAAAUUCUCGGCGCAACUCCAGCACCUGUCGUCCCAGCGGACGGGCCCGCAGUACGGCGCGAAGGGCGAGAAGGCCUUCCUCGACGCCAUCAAGGCUGAUUUGGAGAGCGACCAUUCCGUAUGUAGGCAGUCUUCCGCCGGUGGGCAGUCCUAUAGAGAUGUGAAAAGACUGCUCUCGAGAGCGCACAAGCAGCGGGCCAAACAUAGGAGGCACAAGAAGAAGGCCCCUGAUGAUUCGAGUUCCGUUAGAAGUAGUCUGACGGGCCUGUCCUACGGCACGACGUCCUCGCUCGGGUCUCGAGUAUCUACUCGAACUCUCAAGUCCCUCGCUCGGGCGCGGCGGGGCUCGAACUACCAGCCCGACCUGCCUCGUCUGAUCGAGAAGCUCGACGCGCCCGUGAUCACGCGCUUUCCUACCCUCAAGGGAUUGCCGCGGGACUACCGGCCGCCGCGCGUGACGCUGGAGGAGCUGCAGCGCGUCAAGGCCAUCAACCAGCAGACGAAUAACAAGGCCAUCGCCAAGCGCAUGUGGACAGACGUCGGCAUGCUUGAGGGAGAGAUGGACCAGUUCUUGGGGUUGAUGCCUCGAGAAAUCCGGUGGGCCAUGCAGGGGCGGCCGGACAAGACCUAAGAG